GGCGGGUGCAGGGAGGUGUGAUUGACGGGCCCGGGUCACGGGACCAUGGCGACGCUGGGCAGGGCCUGCGGCAUCGGCGAGCGCUGUCCCGGGUGGCAGCAGUAGCAACAACAUGGCUGUGAGUUGCCGCGACACAGUGGAGCGGGAGAAGCUGUUCACUCCGGUCAACAGCUAUGGCUCUCAGGACCACGUCCACAUCUCUCCGCACUCCUGUGUGUCUUCUGGAGCUGCGUUCGACAUACAAGAGGAAGAAAUGAAGAGGAAACUGAAGUACUACUUCAUGAGUCCUUGUGACAAGUACCGAGCGAAAGGCCGGAAGCCAUUCAAACUGGUGGUGCAGAUCGUAAAGCUCAUCUGCGUCACAGUGCAGUUAAUCCUGUUCGGCUUGAGUAACCAGAUGGUGGUGGAUUUUAAGGAAGAAAACACAAUGACAUUUAAACACCUAUUCUUGAAGGAUUACACAGUGGAAGCGGAUGGUUCCUAUGCCGUGUACAAGAAGAGGGACGUUUAUGACUCUAUUUUCUACGCAGUUAACCAGUACCUGGCUCUGCACAAUAUGUCUCUGGGACGCUACGCCUAUGUGUUUGAGAAUGACGCCAAUCGGACCGGCCUCCAUCUUUGCCAGCGUUUUUACAAGAAGGGCAGCAUCUUCCCAGCGAACGACAGCUUCAACAUCAACCCGCUGGUGAUAACAGACUGUAUGAGUGUGAGCCCCAUGGAGACGGAGAUGCACAAGAACCUCUCGCUGAAAUUCUACAAGCUUAUCGAUGUGUCCAUCAGAUUUAAACUGAAAGCUAUUAACAUUCAGACAAUCAUCAACCAUGAAAUCCCAGAUUGCUACACCUUUAACAUUCUAAUCCUGUUUGACAACAAGGCCCACAGUGGCCGGAUAAAGAUCAGCCUGGAUAACAAAGUGGUCAUCAACGAGUGUGCUGAGCCCAGUGUUUCUGGAUAUGGAAGGAAUGAGGCUGGCCUCCUGACGUUUGACACUUGCAUCAUUCUGUUGUGUGCGCUAUCGUUCGUCCUGUGCGUGAGAUCCAUCAUCCGAGGCAUCAUGCUGCAACAUGAAUUUGGGAAGUUCUUCGUCCAGAAGCACAAGAGGGACGUGUCAUGUGCCACUCGCAUGGAGUUUGUCAAUGGCUGGUACGUGCUGCUGAUAGUCAGCGAUGUCUUCACCUUCCUGGGCACGGUGAUGAAGAUAGGAAUCGAGUCCAAGAAUUUUGCAUCCUAUGACCUGUGCAGUAUUCUACUGGGAACCUCAACUUUGUUAGUCUGGGUUGGAGUGAUUCGCUAUUUAAGUUUCUUUCAGAAAUACAACAUCCUCAUCGUAACUCUCCGAGUCGCUUUCCCGAAUGUGAUCCGCUUCUGCUGCUGCGUUGCUGUCAUCUACAUGGGUUACUGCUUCUGCGGGUGGAUAGUGCUGGGCCCUUAUCACGACAAGUUCCGAACGCUCUCGAUGGUCUCGGAGUGUUUGUUCUCGCUCAUCAAUGGGGACGACAUGUUUGUGACGUUCGCACACAUGCGGCAGAAGAGUACGCUGGUUUGGUUGUUCAGCCAGGUCUACCUGUACAGCUUCAUCAGUCUCUUCAUCUACAUGGUGCUCAGCCUCUUCAUCGCCCUCAUCACUGGCUCCUAUGAAGCCAUCAAGCACCACGGGAUCAGUGGGGUCCACCCCAUAGAGCUGCGUGAAUUCAUCGCGGAGUGCACGGAUGCUCCCAACUCUGGCAAGUUCCGUCAGGUGGAGAGCUCCGUCUGCUCCUUGUUCUGCUGCUGCGACAGAAUGACCACAUAUGAGGAGACACUCUUGGUGAACUGACCCACUUGAGGAUGCUGCUCGUGAUUCCAGCUGCCUGCGUGCGUCCCACACUAAAUCCUCCGGGAAGCCUCCAGACAUUGUGAAGGCCUUGUCCUGAGGACCUUGAGGUGAUACCGGGAGCAACUCAGUACAACUAUUCCAAGGAGACUUCUAUAUUUGCUUUUAUCAUUGACGCCACACUAAAUGAUCAAUGGCGUGUCCAAUAUAUUUAUUGCACAGAGGAAUGCUGCCGGAGUGCAGGUUUCCAUCUAUGUCGAUUUGAAGGGAACAUUUCUUCAGUGUUCGUGAUCUUAACGGCAGUUCGUGUUCGUGAUCUUAACAUUUAGAAUUGGAGGCCUUGCGAUCUCUCCUGGACCUUUCCACUGCCUCUCCAUAUCCCCCCAGCGUAGGAAACUGAAUGAUGGCCCGCUCUCUUAAUAGUUGAAUAGAUUAGAUCCACAACUAAAUACAGGUCCACCACCCUCCCACAGUCUCAGAUAAAUACACAUUGCCGAUACCUUUAUUUCAGAUUGUCAGCAGAUUAUAAUUUCAGGUACAGGUCCACCACUGAUUUUUCGUCACGCUUGGUUCCAGAGCCUUUCUGGGUUCUCCGUUUUUCCGGACCAACGGAGGUCACGGAGUCCAACGGCACCGGAACGGUCCUCCGAGGAGCCGAGAUACCGGCCUGCAAGGUUGGCCAUGGGAACGGAUCUGCCGGCUCCAGCUGGGCCAGAGUUCCAGAACCCCGGCCUCAGUGGGGGGAGGGGGGGCAAAUUCAACCCGCCGAUCGGCCGCGGAAGUCCCGAUGAGGUUGAGAUCGGCCGCCUCACCCAGCCUCAGCGCCACAUUUUCCAGGGGGACUUCAGGGGCGUAUUACAAGCACGCUCUUGGAAUUUUGUUCAGAUUAAAGGCAAUGCUGGAAAACCCCGUAUGCCGAAAAAUCGAUGAUGCACCUGCCGUUCAGUGAUGUUCUCAUCCACUGGAGAAGACUCGUUGUCCGUGCCUUUCCUGUGCUGGGUGAUCUACUUUUAGCUGCUCUAGUGAAUAAAUUAGAAAAUAGUAGGGAAUAAAACCCGAAGCACGAUAGUUGUCUAGCUUUGAGACAUUUAGCAUUAGCCGGCACGACUUCAUUUAGAUUCUGGCUAAGAGUCUCGGCUGAAGCUUCACCUAUCUAUGUUCUCCAGAGAAGCUGCCUGACCCACGGAGCUACUCCAGCACUUUCAGUUCAAAUCGAACUUAAGGCUGCUUUUUGACUGUUGGGUUUUCCUCCCACCAGUGUUUGAUCGAGGAGUUUAAUUGCUGAGUGGACCAUCCCGCGGUUUUAAUUGGUAAGCAGCGUGUACAAGUUCCUUGCAGAAAAGCAGCCCGUUUGUGUCUUCAGGCUGUUUAUUGAUUCCAUUCAGUCAUCCAGUCAGUGAGAGAUACACUAGGACUUGUGAACUAUCAAAAGGAUUAAUCUGCAGUAAACUGCCCACUGCCAAUUAAAUGCUGUGUGGAUAAAAGGUGCUGGAAUGCAGAUCAAUUAACAAUCAAGUUACAUUUAUCAACAAAAAAAAAUCCCCAUAUAUAUUUUCUCCCUAAAGGGCCUGUCACACUUGGCGAUUUUUUCAGCGACUGCCGGCGUCAUAUCAGGGUCGCCAA